AUCAAGAGUACCUCCAGAAGUCUCACUUUGCCGCCUGGCAUACCUGAACAAGCCAGAGAUCCCAGUUUUAUUACUAGCUACUAUAGCUGCAAUAGCCAAUGGGGUAGUCUUACCUAUUUUUGGGCUAGUGGUUGGCAAUGUAAUCAAGACCUUAUUUGAGCCACCUCAUCUACUCCGAAACAAUUCCAAGUUUUGGGCAUUAAUCUUCUUUGUUCUUGGUGUGGGGUCUUGCAUAACAUUUCCAUCAAGACAAUACCUUUUCGCUGUGGCGGGAAAUAGGUUAAUAAAACGAGUCCGAUCAAUGUGCUUUGAGAAGGUGGUUUACAUGGAAGUAAGUUGGUUUGAAGAUCCUGAGCACUCAAGUGGUGCAAUUGGUGCAACGCUUUCUGCAGAUGUGGCUUACCUGCGAGGGUUGGUUGGAGAUGCUCUUGGUUUUCUGGUUCAGAAUUUAGCAACUGCAAUUGCUGGCUUGCACAUUGCGUUUGUUGCAAAUUGGCAACUCGCUCUUAAAAUCAUUGUUUUGUUGCCUCUUUUAGGGGUAAAUGGUUAUUUUCAAUUCAAGUUCACGAAAGGAUCCAGUGCAAAUGCAAGGAGAAUGUAUGAGGAGGCAAGUCAAGUAGCAAAUGAUGCUGUAGGAAGUAUUAGAACAAUUGCUUCCUUUUGUGCUGAAGAGAAGGUGGUUGAAUUGUACCAGAGAAAAUGUGAAGGCCUUAUUAAGACGGGGAUAAGACAAAGCUUAAUCAGUGGGAUAGGAUUUGGUCUAUCAUUAUUUUUGCAAUUUUCUGUGUUUGCCUGUAUUUUUUAUGCUGGAUCCCGACUUGUUGCAGAAGGCAAGACAACAUUUGCUGAUGUUUUCCGGGUUUUCUUUGCUCUCACUAUAGCAACUGUUGGAAUUUCUCAGUCGGAUUCCCUAGCCCCCGAUAUUAGUAAAGGAAAGAGCGCUGUUGCAUCCAUAUUUGCAAUUCUCGACCGGAAAUCAAAAAUAGAUUCCGGUGACAACUCUGGAACAACUAUAGAAAAUCUGAAGGGAGAAAUUGAAUUAUGCCAUGUCAGUUUCAAAUAUCCAACUAGGCCUGAUGUGCCAAUCUUCAAGGAUCUUUGCUUGACCAUCCAUCAUGGCAAGACAGUUGCUCUGGUUGGAGAAAGUGGAAGUGGAAAAUCGACAGUAGUCUCAUUGUUGCAGAGAUUUUAUGACCCUGAUUUGGGUCACAUUACACUAGAUGGAAUCGAAAUCCAAAGGCUACAGUUGAAGUGGUUGAGGCAACAAAUGGGGCUGGUGAGCCAAGAGCCUGUAUUGUUUAAUGACACUAUCCGAGCCAACAUUGCAUAUGGAAAGGAAGGGACUGCAACAGAGGCUGAAAUUAUAGCUGCAGCAGAAUUGGCAAAUGCUCACAAGUUCAUUUGUAGUUUACAACAGGGUUACGAUACAAUCGUAGGAGAGCGGGGGGAUCAAUUGUCUGGUGGACAGAAGCAAAGGGUGGCAAUUGCAAGAGCGAUAAUGAAGGCGCCAAAGAUAUUACUACUAGAUGAAGCCACAAGUGGUCUUGAUGCUGAAUCCGAACGAGUUGUUCAAGACGCAUUGGACCGAGUCAAGGUGGAUCAAACCACAGUGGUGGUUGCUCAUCGGUUAUCCACGAUUAAGAGUGCAGAUUUAAUCGCGGUGUUGAAAAACGGAGUGAUUGCAGAAAAAGGAAAGCAUGAAGCUUUGAUCAAUAUCCAGGAUGGCAUUUAUGCUUCUUUGGUUGCACUGCGUGCAAGUGCCUCAUCUUAGAGAGCCCUUCUAUUCUUCUUCCGAACUGCUGCAAGUAAAACAAAUAAAAUUUCAAGGAAGAAAAGUAUGUGAUGUAAUUUUAUGCAGUACAGCAAUGCUACCCUUUGUAUUAAAGUUUGUUUGAUUUGCAUAGAUUUCAUGCUCAACAAGAAUUACCAUUAUAAAAGAUUGAAGGGGUUGGAGCCUUUGACAUUUGA